AUGAAUGGCUAAAUUGAAAUAGACGAAAAAGAAAAGCGGUAAAUAUAGAAAAAAAACAUUUGUAAUAUAAUGGAACUCAAUAUAGAAAAAUACUCGGCAUUGUAAGAUAAAAUGGAAGAACAAAAAAAAGCAGCAGAAAGGACAAUAACAAGACCCGAAGUGAAUGUCUAUGUUACUAGAAGGAGUUGGAUAGCAAAUUUAAAGAGAGAGACAGCUACAAUACAAAAAUCCCAAAGACUUUUCAGAAUCAUUAAAUUCCAAAAAGGAUGUAGCAUCGAAUGA